AUGAACUUUGACUCGAGAGAGAUGAGCAAGACGUGGGGCAGCGUGAUGGCGGAGUGGCCAACGCGCAUGAAAGGGAGGAGGAGGAGAAAGGAGGUGGAACAGGCAUUAGGCAUGUGCGAGAAGGGGAUAAGGCAACAGCUCCUGGCAGCAGCAGCAGCGGCUCAGGUCUCGAUCACGGUGGUCUACCUGUGGUUGAAGCCUCCCAAGUCGAAGAAGCAAGACUCCUCGCUGAAGUCAGACAGGAGGAACAUCUGCACUGAUCGCUACAGGAAGGAUAAGAUUCCCCAGGAUCUUGAUGUGAUUGUGAUUGGAUCGGGCAUGUCUGGCCUUACUUGCGCUGCGCUCUUAGCUAGGGCGGGGAAGAGGGUGCUUGUGCUGGAACAGCAUGACAGGACCGGAGGUGGGACUCACACCUAUGACCUGGGACCGAAGUCCUACACGUUCGACUCCGGUCUCCAUUACGUGAUCCCCGAGUGUGCGAAGCUGAUCAAGCUCUGCACGGGAACCAAGGAGGAGCCCGUGAUAUUUGAUCUCAUGGGGGAACCCCCCUGCCCGGACGGGUCUGUUGUCUACGACAGGAUCCACGUCGGGGACGACGAACCGUUCGAGGUCAAGCUCUGGCAAAAGCACGUCCCCGAGCUCUACAAGCGCUUUCCCAACAAUCACGCCGACAUCAAGCGCUUUAUCAAGGCAGCCGACGAGGUGGAGGUGGAGGAGUUGGUGGAGGUGGAGGAGGAGGUGAUGGAGGUGGAGGAGGUGGAGUGUGUUGUGGAGGCUGUCGAUGGAGUCCCUUGCUUCGUGAUCAGCAAGCUCUUUCCGCUGUGGCUCCAGAAGCUCGUGGCUCCCUUCCUCUUGGCUGGCUUCAGGAGGCAGGCAGGCAAAACCAUGAAGGAGGCUCUCGAGUCCUUCACCACCAACCCCAAGCUCGCGGCCCUGCUGGGGUCGCUGUGGAUUGACACGGGAUCGCCUCCUGACAAGACCACUUUCAUCCUUGGAGCUUGCGUGCUCUGGGGGUUUCCACAGAAAGGGGGAGCAUAUCCGCGAGGAGGGUCUCAGAAGAUGAGCGCGGCGCUUGUCCCGGCCAUCGAGAGGGCUGGUGGGCGCGUGCUGGUCCGUGCCGACGUCGAGCAGAUUCUCGUCGAGGGGUCCAAGGCCGUCGGAGUUCGUCUGGUGGACGGCACCGAGAUCAAGGCGAAGUCGGUCGUGUCCUCCUGCGGUUACCGCAACACGUUUGGGAAGUUGGUGAAGCAGGAUGUCACCACCAAGCUCAACAUCCCCAGAACGCUCCCUGUUUCGGACUCUUGCGGUUUCGUCAUGGUCAACUUUGGAAUCAACGGAAAGCCGUCAGAUCUCGGGCUGACCUGCGCCAACGCCUUCGUGAUCCCGACCGACAAGAAGACAGGCGACAUGUUUGUCUCCUUCAAGCGCCACUGGGAAGACCCAAUCAAGUACCCCGACGACAUGCCCAUGUUCAUCUCCUUCCCCUCCAUCAAGGAUCGCUCGACCCAGCACUCGGAAAAGACAACGUGCCAAGUGCUCGUCAUGGCUGAGUGGAAGUGGUUCGAGAAAUGGCACAACAAUCAGAGCGGCAACCGCGGCCAGGAGUACCUGGCGUACAAGGAGAAGUGGAGGGAGAUCGCCGAGAAGAAGCUCGUCCAGCUCUUCCCCAAGGUCGCCGGCCACAUCGACUUCGCCGACAUCUCCACCCCCCUCACCAUCAACCACUACAUGCGCGACCCUUCCGGAGGAGCCGUCGGGCUCGACCACACCCCUCCUCGAUUCGCGGACUGGUCGAUCCAGAAGCAUCUGGACGCCUCGACGCCCAUCAAGGGCCUCUGGAUGACUGGCCAGGACAUUCUGAUCUGCGGACAGCCUCUUGUGCAAGUCGCUGGUCUCAUCACCGCGUUCCGCAUGAUGGGGCCCCUCAGCUUUCUCAAGAUUGUCCUCCAGACUACCUUGUUUGACAUCAAGUAUGAUUGAAGCUGAUCUUCUAUG